CGCACGGCCGUCGUGGAGCGUGUGGGGAAGGGGGUGUGCGCGGGGCUCCUGGACGACCUGCUGGAGCAGCGGGUGCUGAGCCCCGAGGAGGUGGACACGGUGAGGGACGCGCACGCGCUGCGCGCCGACAAGGCCCGCUGCCUCAUCGACAGCGUGCGCCAGAAGGGCCCCCGCGCCAGCCAGAUCCUCAUCGAGAGCCUCAGAAACCGGGAUGGCCACUUGGCGAAAGAGCUACGCCUGGAUGCAGAUGCGGGGCCCCCCGACACGCAGCUGGCCUCCCUUGGGUCUGAUGUCACCCCCGUGCUCCCCACCAGCAUCCAGGGCCAGCAGUGGAUCCAGCGGUGCUCCCUGAGCGAGUAUCAGCGCAUCCGUGAGGCAGAGGGAAACCAGAUCUACCCCCUGUACCUGCCCGCAGAGAUGCGAACCCGCAGGGCCCUGCUCAUCUGCAACAUUGAGUUUGAGCACUUGAGCAAGCGGCAUGGGGCCGAAAAAGAUGUUGAGGGGAUGACAAAGCUGCUGGAAGAAUUAGGCUACAAGGUGGAAACCCACCGCAACUUAACUUCCCAGGAGAUGGCCAACGUCUUGAAGGAGUUUGCCCAUUGCAAAGAGCACUGGAAGUCUGACAGCACAUUCCUGGUGCUCAUGUCCCAUGGGGUCAGGGCUGGCAUCUGCGGGACCAGGAGCAGAGAUGGGAACACAGACAUCCUAUCCCUCGAUACCAUCUAUGAGACCUUCAACAACAAGCACUGCCAGGUGCUGCUGGGCAAGCCCAAGGUGCUCAUCAUCCAGGCCUGCCGAGGGGAGAAAGAUGGGUCUGCGCUGGUGAGAAACGCCGACAGUCCCAAAACGGCUGGUGCCAGCUCGACUCGCAUGACCACUGCAAGGCUGCAAGGCGACACGAUCCGUGAGGUCCACCUGGAGAGCGAUUUUGCCUGUUUAUAUUCGUCCACCCCUGAUACUGUCGCCUGGAGAAGCCCCCUCACUGGCUCCAUUUUCAUCCAGCGCCUGAUACAGCAAUUUAGAAGCUGUGCCCAUAACAACCACUUGCGUGAGAUCUUCCGAAAGGUUCAAUCUUCCUUUGACAAUUUUCCUCAGCAGUUGCCAGCAGAAGAACGAACUACUCUGAUCAAAAAGUUCUACCUUUUCCCAGGCUGCUGAUCUCCUCCUGGGGGUGAGUGGAACACCUUUUGCUCAAGGUGAACACGGCUCUGCUCCAG